UCCCGCGCGCUCUUUAGGGCGGCCGGCCGCGGGGCGGCGGGUCUGAGGCGCUGUCCCGCAGGGCCUGGGCGGCGUGCGUGGCGAGUGUUCGGCGCGUGGCUGCGGGCUGCGAGCGGGCCCAGGACUCUAGGUGCAAAAUGCCGGGAAGCGACCCGCAGGAGCGCGGCGAGAGAAGCGACGAGCAGGUGUCCGGGGCUAAAGUCAUCGCCCAGGCCCUGAAGGAGCAGGAUGUGCGGUACUUGUUCGGCGUGGUGGGCAUCCCAGUGAUGGAGAUCGCCGUGGCGGCGCAGGAGCUGGGCCUCAGGUACAUCGGGAUGAGGAACGAGCAGGCGGCUUGUUAUGCUGCCUCCACAGUUGGAUAUCUGACUGGCAGGCCAGGAGUAUGCCUUGUUGUUUCCGGCCCAGGUCUCAUCCACGCUUUGGGUGGUAUGGCAAAUGCAAACAUGAACUGUUGGCCCUUGAUCGUGAUCGGUGGUUCCUCUGAAAGAAGUCAGGAAACCAUGGGAGCCUUUCAGGAGUUUCCUCAGGUUGAAGCUUGUAGAUUAUAUAGCAAGUUCUCUGCCCGGCCAAGCAGCAUAGAAGCAAUUCCCUCUGUUAUUGAAAAGGCAGUAAGAAGCAGUAUUUAUGGCCGCCCAGGUGCUUGCUAUGUUGACAUACCUGCAGAUUUUGUGAACCUCCAGGUGAAUGUGGACUCUAUAAAGUACAAGGAGUGCUGCCUGCCCCCGCCCAUUAGCAUGGCAGACACCUCUGCCGUGUGCCAGGCAGCAUCUGUCAUUAGGAACGCCAGACAGCCCCUGCUCAUCAUUGGGAAAGGUGCUGCUUACGCCCAUGCCGAGGAAAGUAUCCGGAAGCUGGUGGAACAGUGUAAAUUGCCAUUUUUGCCCACCCCUAUGGGGAAAGGUGUUGUCCCCGACAACCAUCCAAACUGUGUAGGUGCAGCCAGAUCCAGGGCUUUGCAACAUGCUGAUGUAAUUGUGUUAUUUGGUGCCAGACUAAAUUGGAUUUUACAUUUUGGACUGCCUCCAAGAUAUCAGCCAGAUGUGAAGUUCAUCCAGGUUGAUAUCUGUGCAGAAGAAUUGGGAAAUAAUGUAAAGCCUGCUGUAACUUUGCUAGGAGACAUAAAUGCUGUCACUAAACAGCUUUUAGAACAAUUUCAUAAACCACUGUGGCAGUAUCCUCCAGAGAGCAAGUGGUGGAAAACUCUGAGGGAAAAAAUGAAGAGUAACGAAGCUUUAUCCCAGGAAUUAGCAUCCAAAAAAUCCCUGCCUAUGAAUUAUUACACAGUAUUCUACCAUGUUCAAGAACAACUCCCCCAAGACUGUUUUGUGGUAAGUGAAGGAGCAAAUACUAUGGACAUUGGACGCACCGUGCUUCAAAAUUACCUUCCCCGUCACAGGCUUGAUGCUGGUACUUUUGGAACAAUGGGAGUCGGUUUGGGAUUUGCUAUUGCAGCUGCUCUCGUGGCUAAAGAUAGAAACCCAGGGCAGCGGGUCAUCUGUGUGGAAGGAGACAGCGCAUUUGGAUUUUCGGGCAUGGAGGUGGAAACCAUCUGCAGGUACAGCUUGCCAAUUAUAAUCUUGGUGGUGAAUAAUAAUGGAAUUUACCAAGGUUUUGAUGCAGAUACUUGGAAAGAAAUGUUAAAAUUUCAAGAUGCUACUGUACGGGCCCCUCCAAUGUGUCUCCUGCCAAACGCACAUUACGAGCAGGUCAUGACUGCAUUUGGAGGCAAAGGGUAUUUUGUACAAACACCAGAAGAACUCCAGAAGUCCCUGAAGCAGGCCCUGGCGGACGCAACGAAGCCCUGUCUCAUCAACAUCCUGAUCGAGCCGCAGAGCACGCGGAAGGCCCAGGAUUUUCACUGGCUGACCCGCUCUAAUAUGUAAAUAAAGAUGCUGAUGAUUGGGCUUGAGGAGUUUUUUGCCUGCAAGAUGGAAUUUUAUUUUCCACAGCAAAAUUAUAAUAACAUUAGAAUUGUGCAAAGAAAAAUUUAAAAAAUUUCUAAAUGACAUUUAUUGUAAAGGAGUGUAUCAAAAAUGGAAAUACUAGUAUUCUACCACAGAAAUAAUCAUUUAGAUGAUGAAAGACAUAAGGUUCUAUAAAUAGUAUAAUUGCCUAAAUGUUGUUAUACACUAGUAUUUCUUUAAAUAUACUCUCAAAGUUACAUGUCUUUUAAAAACAUCUUCUGGGGCCUGGUGCUGUGGUGCAGCGGGUAAAGCUGCCUGCAGUGCUGGCAUCCCAUAUUGGGCACCAAUUCAAGACCCAGCUGCUCCACUUCUGAUCCAGCUCUGUGCUAUGGCCUGAGAAAGCAGUAGAAGAUGGCCCAAGUGCUUGGGGCCCUGCACUCGCAUGGGAGACCCAGAAGAAGCUCCUGGCUGCUAAUUGGUGUAGCUCUGCUGGUGCAGCCAUUUCUGUAUGGGGCGGCUCCUCCUCUUCCAAUCCAGCUCUCUGCUAUGGCCUGGGAAAGCAGUGGAAGAUGGCCCAAGUGCUUGGGCCCCUGCACCUGCAUGGGAGACUCAGAAGAAUCUCCUGGCUUCAGCUCAUCUUAUCUCUGGUGUUGCAGCCAUUUGGGGAGUGAACCAGUGGAUGAAAGACCUGUCUCUGCCUCUCAAAUAAAUAAAAUUCUUGAAAAACAAAAAACAACUUCUACAGAAUAAAACUAAGAAUUAU